AUGUAAAAAUAAGCUUCAUGUAAUCAUUUUACUAAAUACAAACUUGAAUAAAUUGGUAAUUUGAUCAAGACUAAUUUUACAAAUUGUGAUAAUGCUAAGUAAUAAAAAUGUGAAAGUGAUGUUGAAAAAUGGUUGUGUAUAGAAUGUGGAUUUUUUGGAUGCAGUAGAAAUAGUAAUAAUUAAUGUUCAUUAAAACAUAAUUAAUAAACAAAUCAUCCUAUAUCUAUAAAUAAUAAUUCAUUUUCUAUAUGGUGUUAUAAUUGUGAUAAUGAUUUAGAAACAAUCGUAGAGGAAACUGAUAAUAAGGCUUAGAAAGAAAAAAUUAAUAAAUUUAUUGAUAACAUGAAAAAUCUUUUAUUCAAAAAAUUGAAGUAAAACAAACCAAUCUAAAGUAUUUAAUAAUUCUAGCAGAUUUAAUAAUAAUAACCUUCAAAUUAAGAGAUUAAACAAUAAAUAACAUAACAAUUAAAUUAUACUCCAAAGUAAGUGUUUGGAUUGAGAAAUUUAGGAAAUACUUGUUUUUUUAAUUCUGUUAUGUAAUGUUUAAAUGCAACAGAGAGUUUAAAUUAAUUUUAUUUGGAUUAUAAGAAAUUUAAUUUUUCAUCUUCGAAUAAUAGCAAUAUAUAAAAUGAUGAAGAUGAUGAUUGGACAACAGUUGAAACUAAUAAAUAAAUAAAAUAAUAAGUGAGACCAAAGAGUUCAAAAUAAUCAAUAAAUUAAAUUUAUUAGAAUUUCUUGCUUAAUAGUAGAAAGAGUAAGGGACUAGUUGAUCCAAUCGAUUUAUUUAAAUCAAUAUAAGUUGUGUAAGAUUAUUGAUAUUAUAAUGAAUAGGUAAGGAAGAUUUAGAUCUAUGGCUUAAUAAGAUGCUUCAGAAUUACUUAGAUGUUUAUUAGAUGCUUUAUCUACUGGAGAAGAAAACACAAAUAUUGGUAGAAUUAAUAAAACUAAAACAAAUGGUAAACCUAAAAGAACUAUUGUUGAAAAUAUAUUUGGAAGUUAUUUAUGCAAUUACUGUAACAUUUAUACUGAUUUAUUUAGUGGAAUGUUUAGACUGUGGUUUUAUUAGUAGAACGUUUGAUUUUUGUCUUGAUUAUACAGUAUAAAUAAGAAAGUCUAAAGGAUUAAUAAAUUAAAGGUUUGAAUAAGAAUAUUCAGAAAUUACAAAUGAGGAAUUGAAGGAUGUUAUUGUUCCUUAUUUACACAAUUCAAUUUUAGUUUAAAAAAAUAAUAAUCCACCAAAGAUUGAUUAAUAAAAAUAAUAUAAUUUAAGUGUGAUAGAUUGUUUAGAUGCUUUUACUGAAUAUGAAGAGUUAAAUUAAAAGAAUAAUUAUUUUAAGUGUGAAUAAUGCGCUAAAUAAGGUAAAAAAUCAGGUAGAGCAUUAAGAAAGUUUUUUUUUUAUGAUUUACCACAAGUGGCAACAAUAAUUUUGAAAAGAUUUCAAUAAAAAUCAGCAGGAAGAUUUGAAAAGGUAACAGAAUAAGUAGAAAUUCCAGAAACUAUUUAUUUAGAGGAUUAUACUAUUUUAAAAGGAGAACCAAGUUAAACUGUUGAAGAAAUCAAAUCAUAGAAAUUUCAAUAUUAAUUAUACGGAGUUGUUGUACAUUAAGGAACUAUGACAGGAGGACAUUAUGUAUCUUAUGUGAAACAUAAAGAAAAUAAUUAAGAUCAUUGGUUUUAUUUUAGUGAUAGUAAUUUUAAGGAGGUAUCUCUUAAAUAAGCUCUUAGUAAUUAAGCAUAUAUUUUAUUUUAUGAAAGAGUUUGA